AAGGAUUUCCGAUGCGCAUUUUCAAAUGGACACCGUCAUUCACACCGACACAGGAAUCCUCUAUUAUUCCGAUUUGGGUACGUUUUCCUGAACUCCCAGCCAAUUUGUUUCAUAAGGAUGCUCUAUUUGCGAUAGCAAACAUGAUAGGAACACCACUUCAAAUUGACGACUGCACGUUGAAUCAAUCCAAACUCUCUAACGCUAGAAUUGGCAUUGAGAUUGAUCUUACCAAGCCACUUGUGGAGGGUUUCAACCUACAAAUCAAUGGAGUCACAAUUCAUUAGAAAGUGGAAUAUGAGCAGCUUCCAAAAUAU